CCGAAAGCGACACAACUUACCUUUUUUGAUAACAUACCAAACUAUAUAAUUGAUCGCGUUCAUUUUCCGAAAAUAUAUGCCGAAUGCGGCGGGGCUAUAAAUAAUAGUUUGAUCGAUCGGCUUGUUUAUCAUCCAUACUCAAGGCCUCGAAUUAACACUUCUUUGUCACAUCGUCGAUGGAACGAGUAAGAGAUUUGGCAUCGGAGAAGGCGGCUGUGAUAUUCACGAAGAGCUCGUGUUGCAUGUGUCAUAGCAUCAAGACUCUCUUCUACGAACUCGGGGCGAGUCCUGCCAUCCAUGAGCUUGACAAGGACCCGCAAGGCCCUGACAUGGAACGGGCCCUCUUCCGGGUAUUCGGGUCUAACCCUGCUGUCCCUGCGGUUUUCGUAGGAGGAAGGUACGUCGGCUCAGCUAAAGACGUCAUCUCCUUCCACGUGGAUGGCUCCCUCAAGCAGAUGUUAAAGGCCUCUAACGCCAUAUGGUUGUGACUACAUAUCAUCACGCUUCUUACUAUCAUUUAUUCUACACACACUAGUUCAUAUUAUGUCAUCUCGUGAAUAAUACAUACAUAUAUUUAUCUAAGCUUGCAUGAAUAUUGAAUUAUACUUUUAGUAACCAUAUAUAUAGAAGAUUAUGCAUGCUCCGAUGCUCGUGGAGAUUAAUUAUCAGUUGAUACGGAGAAACUAGACUGUAAUCAAUCAUCACGUAAAGAUUUCUGUUAAUAUCGGAAUAU